AUUAAAUCCAAAUUGUUCCUUUUUCGUAAAUUUGAUCGAACGUGAGAGUUUUUGCAUUUCUUCAAUAAAAAAAAUUGGAAAAUGUGAUCUGGGUUUCUCGUAAACAAGGAUUGAGAACAUUCGUAGAUUGAUUGAUUGAUUGAUCCACAGAGGAUUGUAAAAAGGUUUUCAUUUUCUUUUUUAUAUAGUUGUGUGUGUGAUGGGUUUGGUUGAUUCCUUGUUUGGAAAAGAUGCAAGGAAAUUUCUCAAAAGGAAAGAUAGUGAUGCUGCAGAAGCAGGACGAGCUUUGGAAGAACUCAGAAGCUCUUUAUACAAUGAGCUCAAAACAUCGGAAGGAGCUAAACGGCAACAACAGAGAUUCUGUGGCCCUGUUGUUGCCAUGUCUUUUAAUUUCGUUGUUGCUGUUGGCAUCAUCCUCGCCAAUAAACUAGUGAUGGGAAGAGUUGGAUUCAAUUUCCCAAUCUUUCUAACGUUGAUUCACUAUGCCGUUGCUUGGAUUCUUCUAGCUUUCUUCAAAUCUCUCUCGUUGCUUCCUAUGUCUCCUCCAUCAAAGACCACACCUUUCUCCUCUCUUUUCUCUCUUGGAGCUGUCAUGGCCUUUGCUUCUGGUCUCGCCAAUACCAGCCUCAAACACAACAGUGUUGGAUUCUACCAGAUGGCUAAGAUCGCAGUGACACCAACCAUUGUUCUUGCAGAGUUUGUUCUCUUCAAGAAAACCAUUUCUUCCAUAAAGGUUAUGGCAUUAGCUGUAGUAUCACUAGGCGUGGCCAUCGCCACAGUAACCGAUCUAGAAUUCAAUCUGUUUGGUGCAUUGGUUGCUGUUGCUUGGAUUGUCCCAAGUGCCAUCAAUAAAAUCCUCUGGUCUAAUCUUCAACAACAAGCUAAUUGGACUGCCUUAGCAUUGAUGUGGAAGACGACGCCGUUCACAGUCUUCUUCUUAUUGGCUCUCAUGCCAUGGCUUGACCCACCUGGAGUUUUGCUGUUCAAAUGGGAUUGGGGUAACUCUUCUGCAAUACUCGUCUCAGCUCUACUUGGCUUUCUUCUCCAGUGGUCUGGUGCACUCGCUCUCGGGGCAACCUCGGCAACAUCCCAUGUAGUAUUAGGGCAAUUCAAGACAUGUGUGAUAUUGCUUGGUGGUUACGUUAUCUUCGGCUCUGACCCCGGUUUCAUAAGCAUUUGCGGGGCUGUUGCAGCUCUUGUCGGCAUGUCCGUAUACACAUGGCUCAAUCUUCCAGGAAAAUCAAACGAUCACAGCUCGGGCAAGCUGCUUCCGAAGCAAAACACUGCCGUUUCGAAACCGAAAGCUGACAGUGACGACGUGGGAGGAGAGACCGUAGUUCCCCUACUUUCUGCUGAACUUAAUCUUCCCAAGACAACUGCAAAUAUCGUAUAGUUUAUGUUCUUGUUAGAAGCUCAGGAGUUUAGCUUGUAAUAUUCGUUUAGUUUUUUCAAAAUAUUUUGCUAUUUAAUUGCUAUUAUAGUGAAUAAUGAAAGUACAAAUCAAAUGUUACAUGGAGAUUUGAUGGGGGUAUAUUUUAAAACAAUGAAACAGUGGUUGUAA